AUGAAAUGCCUUAUUAUAUUUAACUCAAAAGAUUUAGAUCUACUUUAUGUAGAACAUAGUGAAAUAGAUCUGUUGACUCAAAAGAUGUUCACUACCGUAGAGUUUAUCAGAGGUAACAUCGGUCAACGUCCACAAUAUAUCUCUGCUGGAAAACAACAAUUUGUAUUUCAUUAUAAUGAUUCAAUUAAUAUUUGGUUUGUUUUGAUGUCGGAUGACGAUGAUUCUGAAACAUUGUUGAGAUACCGUUUGAAUCUUUUGAACAAUCUCUAUUCAAUGAUCAUUGGAAACAUCGGAGCCAAUCGUAGAGCAGUUCUAAAGAAGAAGAUGACUCAAAUCUCUGCAACUGUGAAUGCACUGUUUGACGAGUCGCAAUCUGUUCUCUGUCAGGCCUACGAGAUACUAGAACUAAAUGACAAGCUUCGUCAGCGUUGUUUCAAAGAGAUCCUAGAGUUGAUGGAACUCUUCUCCAAGUCAAUCUAUGCCAUUAUCUUUGUUGGACAGAAGCUGGCCACAUUCCACUGCAAGCAACGUCCACACCUUCAUAGCUCCGACAUCUUUUUGCUUUCAUUAUACUGUCAGAUUCAAUUGAAAACAAGACAACCAAUCAUUUAUAAUAAUAACAAUAAUAAUAAUGCUAAUUCAAAUGAAGAAGAUGGUGGUGAUAACAACAACAACAAUAAUAAUAAUCAAAGUAAUAGUAAUUACGAAGGUAAUGGUAAUGCAACACCAAAGUCAGCAGCAACAGAAGAUUCGUUUGAGAAUGUUUCACCACGUAAUAAUUUAGAUGACUUUUCGUCACCUUGUAAUGUUGUAGAAGAUGGUUUGAGUAGCGAAGAUGAACGAUUCGACACUGCACCAGAGGAAUUUGAUGAGAAUUCACCAUCCAACCAAAAAUCAUUUUUAUUUUCGAUAUUAGAUGAAAUUGGCACCUCUAUUUCAUCCUCAUCACCUCAAUUGAUGCCGAAAUUAAUGAAACAAAAGCUGGCUACUGAAUUCCUAAAAGAAGGUGUUAAACAAUCAUCAUCAUCAGACUUGAUUUCACUUUUGAAUUAUAUAUUAUUGUCAAUUGGUUCUUUGGAUGAAAGUGCCGAUCGAAAUCUGUAUACUACACAAACACAAGAUGCAAUCAAAAAGCUGCAAUCUACACACAACCUACCAGAUACAGGUGAAGCUGACCCAUCCACCAUCAAACUGAUCUUGAGUAAAGGACCUUUAGGAAAUGUAGCAUCGUCAUUACAUCCCUCUUUUUAUUCAAAGAGAAAGAAAUCACAUCCUACACCAGUUGAAGAUAUAGAUUCAAAUUUUAGAGAAAUCAGUUUAGGAAGUAGAAAAGAUAAUAGUCGUGGAGAUACAAGAGGUAGUUCAAGUGGAUUUAAUUCAAACAACAACAAUAACAAUAACAAUAAUAAUAAUAAUAAUAAUAAUAGAUUCGAUAACAAUCAAGAUGAUGAAUAUUCACCAUCGAAAUCAACAUUAGAAGUAAUUUAUAUGAGAAACCUUACACCUGUUUGGGCAUAUUGUGCAGAGAUACAAAAGAAUUGUUUCUUAGUUUUAUUAAAUAAGGAUUUACAUACAGAUAAAGUAUUAGCAAAUGAAAAGAAAGAUUUAGUAGCAGAGAUGGAGCUACUAGAGAAAUCGAAACCAUUUUUAUAUGAUAAACUAUUUAAACAACUUGGACAAUUUCUAUUUACAAAGGAAAUGAGCAAUCUGGGAUACAUUAGAUUCAGUCACAUUCCUGGUCUUGUGCAUUUCAUUCUGUUGGACCGUACCUACAACCGUAUCAAGGCACCAACAAUCAAUCUGCUCAACGGUAAAAAGUAUCCACCCACCGAGAAUAUGAUAGAGCUGAUUCGUAAGCAGGUGUGGUCAAUGUAUAGCACAUGUGUACACCAACUGGUAAAGAAGGGCUACACUCACCAGAUCAUCAAGCACAAAAACUUUAUGUAUUCCUACAGACUUUGGGUAGACGAUGAUGAGAAUCAAGAUACAACACACACCGAAAUCUUCUCAAACUCUAGACAUGAUCGUGUAUACCAGGAAUUCGUAAAGAAAUAUUACCCUCACCCAGUUAAAUGUAUGGAGCUACUCACACUGUACAUCGGAUCCGUUCCAAUGUCACUCAUCUUUAAGAAUGAUAGAAUUUUACAUACUCUUUUAUUUGACAUUGUGGAGUAG